ACAUCAUCUUUUCUGCAUUUUCUCACCAAUUAUGUGUUCUUAGAAUUCUAUUUAAAACAAGAAUUUAUUCAAUAUAACCGAGCAUCAUCAAAGCAUCAUCAAUUCAUCAAAUAUCAAUCUAUCAAGUCACUUUUCUUACCAUACAUAAAGUAAGUCAUUUUUUCUUACUAUUAAAAUUUUACCCCCUAGGCCAAAUGUUGGAUACCCCUAAUGUUUGGUAUCAAGCCCAAACUCUUAAAGCCCAACUCAGGUUUGGUCAAAUAAUAAACAAGUUUCUGAAUCAAAAUCAAAAUUCCCCAAUUUCAAUUCUGGACUAGUAGUGCAUAAACCCUCGUCUCCAGCUUUUAGGGUUUGCGGUUGAAAAUGGACGGCGAGGAGUUGACUGAACAGGAGACCGCUCUUUACGAUCGCCAAAUUAGGGUUUGGGGCGCUGAUGCUCAGAGAAGGCUGAGCAAAGCUCAUAUACUAGUCUGUGGAAUUAAUGGGACUACUGCCGAGUUUUGCAAGAACAUUGUACUAGCAGGAGUCGGUAGUUUGACACUGGUGGAUGAUCGGGUAGCGACCGAAGAGGCCCUUUCUGCUAACUUUUUGAUACCUUGUGAUGAAAGCGUGUAUGGUGGGAAAACUCUAACCGAGCUUUGUCGCGAUUCUCUGAAAGAUUUCAAUCCGAUGGUUCGUGUUUCUGUGGAGAAAGGUGACUUGUCAAACUUUGGUGGUGAGUUCUACAGCAACUUUGAUGUUGUGGUCAUCAGUUGUUGCUCUCUCUCUACAAAAAAACUGAUCAAUGAAAAAUGCCGAAAGUUAUCAAAGCGGGUUGCAUUUUACACAGUUGAUUGUAGAGACUCUUGUGGUGAAAUUUUUGUUGAUCUGCAACUCCAUAAAUACUCAAAGCAAAAACUGGAGGAAACAAUUGAAUGUGAGCACAAUUAUCCAAGUUUUGAGGAUUCAAUUUCAGUACCUUGGAAAGCACUUCCCAGAAAAAUGUCAAAGCUGUACUUUGCUAUGCGAGUGAUAGAGAGGUUUGAAGAAGCUGAGCAACGUAAACCCGGAGAAGUAUCAAUUGCAGAUCUUCCUGGUGUUCUGAAAUUGAAGAAGGAAUUCUGUGAAUCACAGUCGUUGAAGGAAUCUCAUAUUCCUGAUGCCCUCCUUGAAAGAUUGGUGACAGAUCCAAGAGAAUUUCCUCCUGUUUGUCCCAUCAUUGGUGGGAUUCUGGGGCAGGAGGUUAUCAAAGCAAUAUCAGGCAAAGGAGAACCUCUCAAGAAUUUCUUCUUCUUUGAUGCUAUGGAUGGAAAGGGCAUCAUAGAGGACCUAUCAAACUUUAGCACCGGAAGCUGAGCAGCCUUGUAGAGAGGGAUUUGAUUGUUCAAAGGGUUGAAAGUAGGACAGUCCUAACUGCCAUAUAGUGUUGGUAAUAGAAUUUUCAGGAGGCUUGACCCCUCUUCAGGUAGCUUAUAAAAAUCCUACCUUUCCGGUUCGGAUUCUGAUUACUCAUCCGUUGCUCAGACUGUAUUUGCUAGUGAACCUUACACUACAACAUUCAAUGAUUGGCAAUGUAUGUUCACAGUCAUAGUUACGAGUCUGAGUGCAUUGUUCAUCGGGUUAUCCAACUGUUAAACAAGUUCAUGUCUUGAUGUUUCUUUCAUUUGUAUGAGAAUCGACAUUUGAAUCUGAGUAUUUGGUCCCUCAAAACUUAAUGGAGCGUAUAUUACUAUGUUG